AUGUCCGGAGGUCAUCCUGGAGGAUAUAAUCCUCAUAAUAAUCAGCAGAUUUAUCAGCAACAACAAAUGAUGAGACAACAACAGCAAAAUUAUCAAAUGUUGCAAAAUCCGCAGGUUUUGUUUGAUCUACCCGGGAGAUUUUGGGGGUUUUUCAAGAGGGGGGGGGGGGGAAAAUAUUGAUUUUUUGGGGUAAAUUAGGAUUUUUUAUAUUUAAGCUUUUUUAAGCUGAAAUUUUAUGUUUUUCAUGAAUUUUUGGCUAAUUUAGGUUCAAAAUCAAAACCGGUAGAUUUUUUGGCUUAAAAAUUGUGGAAAAUCCAAAUUUUGAGCUGAAAAUUCAUGUUUUUCAUGAAUUUUAAGCUAAUAAUUUUCAUAUUUAUAUGAAAAAUCCAAUUUUUAAUUUUGAAAAUGUGAUUUCUUUCAAAAUUCUAUGGAAACCCCAUUUUCGAGCUGAAAUUUCACGAUUUUCAUGAAUUUUAAGCUAAUUAUUCAAUUAAAUUUGUGAUUUUCAGCUAAUUCGAGUUUAUAGUUGAACCUGGACGAUUUUUGUCUUAAAAUUUAUAGAAAAUUCAAAUUUUAAGCUGAAAUUUCACGAUUUUCAUGAAUUUUAGGCUAAUUAUUCAAUUUAAGUUGUGAUUUCCAGCUAAUUUAAGUUUAUAAUCAAAAUCGGGAGAUUUUUUGGCUUAAAAUUUCUAGAAAAUCCAAUUUUUGAGCUGAAAUUUCAUGUUUUUCAUGAAUUUUAAGCGAAUUAUUUUCAUAUUUAUAUGAAAAAUCCAAUUUUUAAUUUUGAAAAUGUGAUUUCUUUCAAAAUGCUAUGGAAACUCCAUUUUUGAGCUAAAAUUCACGGUUUUCAUGAAUUUUAAGCUAGUUAUUCAAUUAAAUUUGUGAUUUUCAGCUAAUUAAAGUUUAUAAUCAAAACCGGGAGAUUUUUGGCUUAAAAAUUGUAGAAAAUCCAAUUUUUAAGCUGAAAUUUCAUGUUUUUCAUGAAUUUUAAGCUAAUUAUUCAAUUAAAUUUGUGAUUUUCAGCUAAUUCGAGUUUAUAGUUGAACCUGGACGAUUUUUGUCUUAAAAUUUAUAGAAAAUUCAAAUUUUAAGCUGAAAUUUCACGAUUUUCAUGAAUUUUAGGCUAAUUAUUCAAUUUAAGUUGUGAUUUCCAGCUAAUUUAAGUUUAUAAUCAAAAUCGGGAGAUUUUUUGGCUUAAAAAUUGUAGAAAAUCCAAUUUUUAAGCUGAAAUUUCAUGUUUUUCAUGAAUUUUAGACUAAUUAUUCAAUUAAAUUUGUGAUUUUCAGCCAAGUCGAGUUCAUAGUUGAACCUGGACGAUUUUUGUCUUAAAAAUUGUGGAAAAUUCAAUUUUUAAGCUGAAACUUGGGAUUUUUCAUGAAUUUUAAGCUAAUAAUUUUCGUAUUUAUAUAAAAAAUCCAAUUUUUAAUUAAAAUUUUGUGAUUUCUUUCAAAAUUCUAUGGAAACCCCAUUUUCGAGCUGAAAAUUCACGGUUUUUAUGAAUUUUAAGCUAAUUCUUCAAUUAAAUUUGUGAUUUUCAGCUAAUUAAAGUUUAUAAUCAAAACCGGGAGAAUUUUUGUCUUAAAAAUUGUGGAAAAUCCAAUUUUUAAGCUGAAACAUGGGAUUUUUCAUGAAUUUUAAGCUAAUUAUUCAAUUAAAUUUGUGAUUUUCAGCUAAUUUAAGUUUAUAAUCAAAAUCGGGAGAUUUUUUGGCUUAAAAAUUGUGGGAAAUUCAAAUUUCAAGCUGAAAUUUAAUGUUUCAACCUCAAAUCGAUUUUCUAGCCUCUAAAUUAUCUGAAAAUCUCCAUUUUCCAGCUAAUGCAAGCUCAAAAUCAAUCCUCCGCCCACAAUUCUCCCCGAUCCGCCACACCAAAUCAACUUCAACAACUUCAACAACACUCUCGAGUCGGCUCACCAGCUCAACCCAAUUUCAACAAUCUCAAUCAGCAACCGCACGGCUCACCGUCGAAUUUGGCGUUUUCGAAUUCGAAUUUAGCGCAAGUUCAAGAUGUGCAUUCGAAACCGGCGACACCACAAAUGAUGCAUUCGGCACUUUCGGCUGGACAUUUGACGAAUAUGAAUGUGGGUUUUAAAGUUUUCACAUUUUCAGCCAAAAAAUUCGGAAUUUCCUGAACAUUUUGAACCUAAAUUUUAAGCCAAAAUUUCUCAAAUUUGGGAAUUUUUUUCUGAUGUUUGGUUGGAAUUUCAGAAUUUCUUGAAUUUUUGAAAUCCUAUUUUUCGCGCUAACAUUGUUCAAAUCUGGAAUUUCAGCUUUCAAUUUGUAACAAUUCUGAAAUUUUGAACCUAAAUUUUAAGCCUAGAAAACUUGAAAUUAGCAUUUUUUUUUCUAGAAAAGUUUUAGUUUUCUGGAAAUUUUUAACCCAAAUCUUUUUCAGCCAAAAUUUCUCAAAUCUGGAAUUUUUAUUCUGAUGUUUGGCUGGAAUUUCAGAAUUUUCUGAAUUUUUGAAAACCAAUUUUUAUCUACCUUUUUAAUAAAAUCCCGGUUGGGUGGUGUCUCGAUGGAAGCAGGAUUUUUCAAUGGGGUCCCCCCUGUUCUCAUUUUUCAAAUGUCGCAAUUUUGGACAUUUCCCAUUUUUUCCGAAAAUCAUACCUUCGCGAACGUCAAAAAGGAUCCGAUCCUGGACCUUCUGAACAAAAAACACGUGAUCUAACCACUUGACCAUUUCUGACACAAGAAAUGACCAUUAAUUCGCUUAGAAAUGCUCGAAGAAAAAUUUUUGACGUGAGAAAAAAUAUUUGUUUUAAAAAAGGAGACUGUUACGCCUGGGAGCUGAAAGCUCCUAUCCUAAAAAAAUCUAGUUUUCUGGAAAUUUUCAACCCAAAUUUUUUAACCCAAAAUUUCUCAAAUCUGGAAUUUCAGCUUUCAAUUUGUAGCUGAAAAAUUCUGAAAUUUUUGAACCUAAAUUUUCAGAAAAUUUUGAAAAAACUCACAGCUUUAAACCGAAAUAAAAUUCUUUAAAAAAAUCAAGUUUCAGUACUAAAAAUCCACGUGGCAUUUUUUCAAAAAUUUCCUGAAUUUUUGAAAACCAAUUUUUUUUCCUAAAAAACUUGAAAUUAGCAUUUUUUUUUCUAGAAAAGUUUUAGUUUUCUGGAAAUUUUUAACCCCAAUUUUUUUCAGCCAAAAUUUCUCAAAUUGGGAAUUUUUUAUUCUGAUGUUUGGCUGGAAUUUCAGAAUUUCCUGAAUUUUUGAAAACCAAUUUUUAUCUUGAAAAAUUUGAAAUUAGCAUAUUUCUUUUCUAGAAAAAAUCUAGCUAAAAUUCUUCAAAUCUGAAAUUUCAGCUUCAAUUUGUAGCUGAACAAUUCUGAAAUUUUGAACCUAAAUUUUCCAGAAAAAAAUUUCCAAAUCUGAAAUUGUUAUUUCUAGAAAAGUUCUAGUUUUCUGGAAAUUUUUAACCCAAAUUUUUUUCAACCCAAAAUUUCUCAAAUCUGGAAUUUCAGCUUCAAUUUGUAGCUGAAAAAUUCUGAAAUUUUUGAACCUAAAUUUUCCAUCCAAAAAUUUCCAAAUCUGGAAAUUUUAUUUCUAAAAAAUCUAGUUUUCUGGAAAUUUCGAAGCCCAAAAUUUUCCAGCCAAAAAUUUCGAAAUCUGGAAUUUCAGCUUCAGUUUGCAGCUGAAAAAUUCUGAAAUUUCAAUUUUUAGAGCAAAAAAAUCCACGUGGCAUUUUUUUUUCAAAAAAUAAAAAAUUAAUCCAAUUUUUUUGACCGGAAAUUCGUUUAGCCGAGCUUUUUUGAGCAGCAAUUUUUAAUUUUUUACAUCAAAAAAUUACGAUUCUGAAAAGUUUUUUAACCAGAAAAUUGAAUUUUUAAUUUUUUUCAAGUUUCCUUAUUUUUUUUCUGCCAAAAGUAAUUAUAGACUUUUCGAAUUUUCUAGAAAAAUCCCUGUUUAUCCGCUUAUUCAAAAAAAAUUCUAGAAUUUCUCAUUUUUCAGCCAAUGUCAGUGCCACUUGCUGCAAUUUCUCGACCCGCUUCCGUUGCUCCACCACAAUCUCUUCCCGCAAAUAUUCUAAUCAAUAAUCCGGGCUCAAUUCAACAACCCGGAUCGAUUCAAAGGCCUGGAAGUGUUAUUCCGCCGGGAAGUAUUCAUGGUCCGGGAAGUGUUCAGGCUCAUGGUCCGGGCUCUAUUCAAGCCCCCGGAAGUGUUCAUGGCCCGGGAAGUAUUCAGGCUCAUGGUCCGGGAAGUGUUCAGGCCCACGGACCUUCAAGUGUGCACGGCCCGGGCUCUAUCCAACCACCUGGAAGUCUUCAUGCCCCCGGAUCUCAACACAAUCUCAAUCUAUCAUCGCAUGGCCCAUCUUCAGUAGCCCCCCCAGGUUCAGUAGCCGGGCCUGGAAGUGUUAUGGGAGGACCGGCGAGUGUUCAACCGGCCGCGCCCGCCCCGACAACAUCGCAAACACCCGCAAAACCGACGGAAGAACAAUUGAGACAGGUUAUGGAUCCGGUUGUGUUGCUGAGAACGCUGAUUGCCACCGAUUUGAGGGCGAGUAUUGUGGUGAGUGAGAUUUUGGGGGGGUCAUUUUGCCACGUGGCAUUUUUGGCACCAAAAAUUUGAAUUUUGAUUCUCAAAAUGUUUUUCAAUAGUUUUCAGCUUAAAAUUGUUAAAAAUCGUUAAAAAAAAGUGAAAAAUCCUAUAUUUCGCUAUAAAAAGCAAGUGCGCUCUACUGAAAUAUUUGAGGAUUUUUGAAAAAUUGAACUUUCCCUGUGAAAAAUGAGAUUUUCUAGAAAAUAUCAAGUUCGCUCUACUGAAAUAUUAGAUUUUCUGAAGAAUUUUUGAAAAAAACACAGUUUUCAUUGUAUAAAAUGAAGUAGAACUUGAUUUUCUUGUUUACAAAUUCGAAAACUUCAAUUUUUGAUUGAAAAUAUCAAGUUCGCUCUACUGAAAUCUAGGAUUUUCUCUAGAAAUUUUGAAAAAAUACAGUUUUCACUGUGAAAAAUGAAGGAGAACUUGAUUUUCUAGGUUGAAAAUGAUGAAAAUUCAAAAUUUCCAUUCAAAAUUUCAAGUGCGCUCUACUGAAAUAUCUGGGGAAUUUUGAAUUUUGUUUGAAAAAUUCAAAUUUAACACUUGAAAAUCUGUUUUUUAUUCCAAAAAUCACAAAAUUCUAGAUUUUCAGCCUAAAAAUAGUGCAAAAUCCCCAAAUUUUUGCAGGAAGUAAAUCGUAGGUGCGCAAAUCUUUUGAAAAAUCAACGCGAAGAUUCAGAAGAGCACGAAGAUGGUCUUCUCGAACAAUACAAACGAGCAUAUAAUGAUUUUUUGGCGAUUUGCGACGAUAUCGAUCGAAUUUUGACAACGAUUCUAGAAUCCAAUAAACAAGUGGGAAAAUUGGAAAAAGUAUUGGGAGAUGGCGGGAAAAAGGGAGCGGGAAAACCAGCAACUGGACAAGCUGGAACUGAUCAUUCGGCUGGAUUAAUGAAUUGUGUUAAUCAAUUUAUCGAAAGUACUGCCGAAGUUCAACGAAUGUUUGAUAGUACAAUUGGAAGUGUGACUGGAUCGAUGGAAAAAAUUAGAAGACGUCAGAAAAAAUUUGAGGAAGGUCAAAGACCUUGA